CAUGAUUUGACAUUUGAUCAUGGCCAGAUUUUUCAUGACAAUUUUUAUAGAAUCAAGUAAACUUCACGGUUGUUAGUUUUGUCUUCUCUGGUUUUUUUAACGGUAAUGUGCGUAAUAAGUGGCUUUUUGUCCAUAUCAUUAUAAAGAUAAACUAACCGAAGACAGACAGAAUUGUGAAAAAAGUUAAUAUGCCUGUCAAAAAAAAUCGGAAAGCUCGUCCCGCCUUUAGCACACAGAACACGAAACAAACAUCCACCGGAAACCCCCCGAAAAAUUUAAAAAUUUCGGACGAAUUGUUGUAUUUGAACAAAGAGCAGUUGAAGAUUGAGUGCCGAAAGAGGGGACAAAAAACAACCGGCACCAAGAAUGAGUUGUUGCAAAGGUUGGGAAAAACGAUGGCAGGCCAUGGAAAGAAGAAGGACGCAACGGGAAGCCACCACAUGAACGGCGGUUCGACAACACAAACCAAAAACAAAAAACACACCGACACACAGAAAAAAGAAAAAGAGAAAAAUGAGCGGGAAUCUUUAGUGUUGUGGAGGAAGCCGCUUAGGACUGUAGAAUAUUUUAUUAGAGAAUGUAUAGAGUUAGCCACUAUUUACGGAAAGAAAAUUUUAGCAAGUAAAGUUAUCCUCGGAGUGAUUUCACUCUCAGUAUUAUUAUUGUACAUAUUAGUAAAUUCCAAAGGACCACACCAAGCGCUGGUACAAGGGGUGUAUAAACAAUUGUUAUGGUGUUCAUAUUGGGUAGGGUUAGGCAUUUUGUCGUCAGUAGGUUUAGGUACGGGCCUUCAUACAUUUUUGUUAUACCUCGGACCCCACAUAGCUCAAGUCACUUUAGCGGCGUAUGAAUGUGGUAGUUUAGACUUUCCAGAGCCACCCUAUCCCGACGAGAUAGUCUGUCCUACCGACGGGAAGGUUGGAGUAAUCUCGUUCCUUAGUAUAAUGUCUAAAGUUAGACUGGAAGCCAUGUGUUGGGGUGCCGGUACGGCCUUGGGGGAACUACCGCCAUAUUUUAUGGCAAGAGCAGCAAGACUAUCUGGUAUUGAUCCAGACGAUGAAGACGAAGACCUGAAAGCUUUCGAAGAACUAGAAAAGAAAAAGAAACACCACAGAAACGAGUUGACCUUAGUAGAGAAAGGAAAGUUAUUCGUAGAAGACAUUGUACAAAAAGUUGGCUUCUUAGGAAUUUUGGCUUGUGCUAGUAUUCCAAACCCCUUGUUUGACUUGGCGGGAAUCACCUGCGGCCAUUUUCUAGUCCCAUUCUGGACCUUCUUCGGAGCCACCCUAAUAGGAAAGGCCAUCAUCAAAAUGCACCUCCAGAAAAUGUUCGUCAUCAUCGCUUUCAACGAAACCCUAAUAGACACUGCCUUAGACUGGUUAAAACUAGUCCCCGUCGUCGGAGAAAAACUCCAAGUACCCUUCAAGGCGUUCUUGAACGGCCAAAAGCAGAAGCUUCACAAAAAUGCCCCAGUAACCACGGAGGGUGGAAACAUCUUGGGAUCCAUUUUCGAAAAAUUCGUUAUCGCCAUGGUGCUGUACUUUGUUAUUUCAAUAGUUAACUCGUUCGCACAAUCGUACCACAAGCGAAUAAACAAGAAGAAAAAUACCAAAGCUAGCAAAGAUUAGGCAAAUUUUUGAUAGACAAGUUCCUAGUGUACAUAAUUUUUCUAGAAGAUGCAAGAUGUAUUAAAAAAUGUUUGCGCGAAUGAAAAAUAGUUUAUAUUAUCAGUGAUAAUUUUUAUAGUCUCAACAACAAUAAUUUAAUAUUUGAAUUUUACAACAUCAAUUACAUAAAUAUACAGUUAUUUUCGCUGCAUAUUUUGGUGCUUUUAAUCGCUAUGUAUAUAAAAAAACUGUACAAUAUAUCCAAUGGCUGGGUUUGCUACUUUUGUUCUCUUUUUAUUUGCCACGUUUGCUUCCACUUCGCUAGUCUUCAGUCUUUUUAAAUAUUAUUAUUCUUUUUUCGCCGACUUUUUAUCUUCUUUCCUUUUUUUAAUGACGUCACUAAUAAGCUCUCUUGUUAUUUCAGCAAAUAUUUUUGCUUCAAAAUAAUUUUUUUGUGAACAAUCAAACCGUUUUAAUUUAUUUUCUACAAAAUCUUGGUUUGUUUUCUUUUUUUUUUCACGUUUUCUUUGAUUUUUCUUUAUAAUUUUGCCUUAUCAUCUUGAAUGAGAUAACGUUGAGUAUAGCUUUUAAAAUCUUCUCUGUACUUAAUCUGUGUCAUUACAAUCGUAUUAUUUAUGAUUUUCUUACUCUUUUAUAUAUCCUUUACAUGUAUAUAUCUUAAUAUCUUUGUUAUUUGUAUAAAAGAACUACAUUUUGUAUGUAAUUUUUUUUAGAUCAUUCAUAUGAGAAGUUUAAAUAACCAUCACAGAUAUAUAAUAUCAUCUACGUUUUUUUUCUCUCUAAUCAAUAUUUACUUAUUGCAUAUGAUGAAUAAUCGAUUAAAUAUGCAAAAGAAACCAAAAUUGCUCGUUUUGUAAUCAAUUAAAAUCCAGUUUUUCAGCUUUUCUGAUUCCUUUAUGUGUUUGUAUCUCAGUACUUUUGUAAUAUCUAUAAAACUUGAUGUUUUCCAUGUACAUUCUCUCUUUUUAGAUCCAUUAGAUAUUGUGACAAUGAUCUAUUUUCCUAUUUAUUUAUGUCCUAUUUACAGAUGGCUACUAUGUCACAUGUUAACUGUUAUGCCAUUUUAUGCGGCAGAUAAAUAUUUAAGACGUUUAAAUAUGAUAGAUCUAUUCUUCGCUUUUUUCUUUUAAUAUAAAUAUUUACAUAUUGCAAGUAAAUAAUCGACUAAAUAUGCCAAAAAAUCCUAAAUUAUUCCUUGUUUUAUCAAAACCGGCCACCUGAACUAGCCGGCCAGUUUCAAAGUUCCUAAAACCAAAAUUUGUGGACUACAAAACCUGGUAUUAGCGGCCACCUUUUUAUAUCGGCCAAUAGUUCUGUCAUUUUUAGUGACCGUUAUUGAUAGGUUUUACUGUACUAUCAUUUUUUGACUCAUGUUUCCCCUUUUCAGAUCAUGUUGGUAUUGUAACAGACCCCACUCUCAUCAAAGAUGGCUACUAAGACGUCAUAAGCCAGCUGUCAUGUCAUUUCAUGUGUCAAAUAAAUAUUUGAGGCAUUUAAAUAUAAAUCACAGAUCUAGGACCUUGGUUUUUUCUUUUUAAUAAAUAUUUACAUAUCGCAUGCCAUUCAAUCGAUUGAAUAUGCUAAAAAUUCUAAUAUUUUUCCUUGUUUCAUCAAAUUCUAUUAUAUUAUUGAUGCUUUUCUUACUCUUUUACUUCCCCGCCUUAAAAAUGGUGACUUUGACGUCAACUGUCAUUUCGUCUGUCAAAAAAUAUUUGAGCGGUUAAAUAACAGUCACAGAUGUGUGAUCCUCAUUAUUUUUCUAAUAAUUGUUUAUAAAUACUUCAUGUACAUAAUUGUACUUCAUGUACUAAAUGUUCUAAACGAACCAACGAUAUUCUUAUUGUAAUCAAGAAAAAAAUAGCCACUGCCUAAAUAAAAAUCGACGUCAUGAUAAAUGAAUAAAUUCUAGUCUAAUUGAUUCGCGCUAAAUAAUCAUUUUUAAUAUAUUUUGCGUCGUUAAGAUGUUACAAAUUUAGCAUUUUUGAUGAUUGUUUUUGUUAUCCUCUUAUUUUUUAGUAAAUUACUUGAUUAUAGUAAAAUUUAAAGGUGAACACAUCGUCCAGAUGUUCUUUCUUUUCGAUUUUGUGUUCGAAAAGUGCUUUAAAAAGAAGCAAUAUCAAAAGGAAAGUACAAAAGUAGCGUAUACUUUUGUUUUUUAUGAGAAUAAUGUUCCAACGAACCUUUCAAUCAUUUUAAUGUACAGGGUGUCCACAAAUAAUGUUUGAAAAGGAAUACUGUACUAUUUCGAGUACCAAUAUCUUCAAGAAUAGAAUUUGGUACAUUAAUUAAGUGAAGUGGAAAGGAUAUUUUUGUGGACACGUCGUAUAAAUUGAUCCACGUAUUAUUUAUUUUGUUAAACUUGUAUAUAGGUAUUUUGAAUCAAACCAUUCCUGUUAUCCUAUUUUGAGUGAAAUUUUUAUUUCUUGUCAAUUAUCGUUUGUAAGUAAUUAUGGUAGAUGGUAUACUACAGAAAGAACUGAUUAAACUAAACGUUGCUUAGGUUAAUUACACAGAUCCUGUUACAAUAAUAUUGAUAUUCCGUCAGAUCGCAGUUUUUAUACAGUACAAUUAAGAAAUAAAAAUUCAGUUCAAUA